GGUGUUCGAAAAGACUCUACUGAUGCGUUCAAGAGUUUGCGUCAUUAUGCAACUUAUAGACGCUUUGCUCUGUUUUAAAAACUCACCACGGCUAGAUACUGUCUUGUCACCCACAAUAAAUAAUAGACAGCAAAACUAUUCAAAGUUUUUACGUUUGUUUUUCAGCGCACCUUGCCUUAAUAAUAUAAUAAUUUACACAGAAAAUAAAACAAGUUUAACAGAAAAUCGCGCUCCUCUCUUGAAGGUGCACGUUUAUUUCGAUGAUUUACAUAGAUUGAAAAUAAUAACAAAAAUAAUAAUACCCACACGAAGAAGUUAAUAUGAAAAGAAUGUAUGCACAUUUUCCAUUAAUAUUUAGAUGAAAAUACACUAUUUUUUAUUUGCACUGUUUCGUGAAAUCAAACUCGUAAAAUUACACACAUAAACGUCGUUUUUUAGGGCAAUUCGGAACAAUAUUUUUAGCAGUCACAAAUAAUCGGAUUCUGUUUUGUGCUCUUGAACACAUCCAAUGCGUCUAAUACCUCCCCCGCCAUGACAGACCAGCUAGUCGAUACCAGAGACGUCUCGCAUGUCUGGGCAGUCGCUUUAAACGAGCACCGAUUAAAAAAAAAACAACAACCGGUCAGCCACCGAACUUGCGACCUUCAGUUCGACACAGCGAAAACAUGCUGAUAAACUGAAUGUUAUCGAAGCUUUAAAGAACUACCAACUGAAGGCUGAAAAUGAUUCGAUUUGGGGUGCGGAAGAUUGCUGGGCUUCCUGUUUGGAGAUCUCAACAGCCAGUGACCAAGCUACAAAAUGUGGCAAACAAUCUCAGGCAUUCUGUCCAAUGUCAUCCCUACACAGAAUUGAAUGCACUGAGACCAAUCAUCAGCAACAAGCUGUUUUUGAGCAGCAGAACCACAAGCUUGAGUAGCCAACAUCCAUGCCACACUGAUACGACUGGUGGCUCAGAAGGACAUGGAAAGGGGUUCAGUAUGAAGGCGCUCUCCCUGGCCCCAAAACCAGCCCUUUUUCUUGGUUUCUCCGGUCUCAUUCCGUUUUUGUCUGCUCCACUUCUGAUGGCUGUCACUCAGUCCUACUACCCUGAAGUGGCACACGCUCAAAUGAUUUAUGGAGCCUGCAUAGUUUCCUUCCUCGGAGGAGCCCGAUGGGGGUUCGCCAUCCCUGAGGGAAGCCCUGCUCAGCCUGACUGGAAGAACCUGGGUAACAGUGUGGUUCCCUCACUCCUGGCCUGGCUCGCAAUCCUCUGCAAGGAGAAUAUUUCAGAGGCAACCCUGGUGGUUCUCAUGGGAUUAGGUCUCUCUCUGCACUAUGACCUGGUCCUGCUUCCUGGUUACCCUGCCUGGUUCAGGGCCAUGAGGACUGUCCUUACCCUGGUCGCAACUUUCUCACUGGUGGCCACGCUGGUGCUGAAGAGGUUCUGCACCGAGAAGAAGAUCAAGGAGCUUCAGAUGUGAUGCUGUUACGAGAAUUCAAGAUCUGACGAUACAAAUCUGAAAAUGAAAUAUACUCAUAGCUUUUACGAUGGCAGUACUAACAUAAUAUGUUCCAUGAAAUGCUUUCAGCCAUGUGAAGCACUACAGUACUACCUUGAACUAGGAAAGGGAAGCAGGAUUAGCCAAUGUAGAGCAGAAGUGAGGCCUAUUGAAUCCUUUGAAAUAUCUAUGGCAAAGCGCUGAGCCCAUUACCCAAAAUGUCUACCUAAAAAAUAUUUUUCUACUACUGAAAAGUCUGAAUCUGAGAGCGGAUCUUGUCUAAAAAUGUGUUUCACCUUCACUUUUAUGAAAAAUCUGCUACACCAUGGAAAAUAAAAGCUCUACCUUUGA